AUAGUACUUCAUAUAAGUGAAUAUAUUCUUUAUUAUUUAUGAUGUAACAUGAACAUUUGUUGUAAUAACAUUAAUAUUUAUCUAAACAAUAUUAAUUAACUUCUAAUGUCUUCGUUACUAAACCAAAAUAUAAGAUUAUCAUUCUUACUAUAUCUUUUAUGUCUUAUAGACAAUUAUUGCUUGGAUAUACAAAAGGAUAUUUAUUUAAACAAUCGAAAUAAUUCAGUACUGCAAGUGAAUCCGUCUGAUGAUAUAACUGAAUCAACAAAAGUUAAACGGCUGAAUAAAUCAAAACUUUACAAUUCCUUCAAAUCACAAUCAUUACAUAGACGUGGCGAUUUAAUUGAAUCCGAUCAAAAUGAUAUCAUAAAAAUGAAAGCUGUAUUAAAUAAUACAGCUUUGCUACCAUGUCGUCCAGAUAAAAGAUUAUUAACAGAAAAUGGUGUAGACGAGAAUACUAAAGGCACUCUUUUAUGGAAAAGAACUAAAACCAAUGAAUAUCUUAUUUAUAAUAACAGACGACUUCAUUCAGAUACUCGAUACAUACUGGAUAUGUCAUCAUUUGAUCAGACAAUACUUGAUCUUCGUAUUGACCGUGUUCAAAGAACAGACGAAGGUGAAUAUGUAUGCUUAUAUUCAAAUGGUCAUACGGUUUAUAAACAACGUGUUUACCUCAAUGUACUUGUACCUCCGGUUAUUUCUGAAAAUAGUUCCAGCUCCACAAGAGUAACAGCACAUGAAGGUGAAGCAAUUAUCUUACACUGUAAAGCUUGGGGAGUACCAGAUCCUAUUAUUACAUGGUAUUUAACACCGAAAGAAGGACGUCAAUAUAGAAUAUAUGAAGCAACUGACAAAAGAUUCAUGAUUAAACCGGAUGAGUUAAUUAUUUCAAAUAUAACUCGUGAUUUGCAAGGAACUUAUAAAUGUUUAGCACAAAAUGGGUUAGAACAAAACGCAUGGCGUGUAAUAGAGCUCGAUGUAAGAUAUCCUCCAACUAUUGAAAUGGCCAAUCUCAAGCUUGGCCAACUACUUAAAGGCACGACAAUGGUACGAGCUGUGAUUUCUGGCAAUCCAAUUAAUUUAUUUUACUGGGAAUUUGAAGGAAGGCCAAUACAUGGACCCAAUAGUAAUUGUCUCGUACCGAUGCCGAAUGAAAAAUAUUGUAUCCUUGUCGCUUCUGUGGCGUGUGCUACUGAUAUCGAUAGAUAUAAGUAGUAUGUAUCAUCAAUCGGAAGUGAAAUACCUGGUGGUAGAAGGUUAAGAAGAUCGAAGGAAAGAGAACGAGAAUGGAGAAUGAUUGGUGUGAAAACGAAUGGGCAAUGAAGUCUGAGACGAUUGAAUGACGUUUUCAAAUGAAGUAUUUACCGUAUGGUUCUCAUAUUUUACUAAAAUAUUCUGUAAUUUUGUAUUCGAAUAAAUUCGAUUUUCCCCAGUUGUGUUCUUGAUCGCUACACUUCAACCGUCAGCAUUAGUAGUGAUAGUGUUUUAUUAUAACUCUAGACAUAAAACAGCUACUAUUUUAUGUCCAAUUAGUUCGUAAAUGCACUUUCACAGAGAAUUAUAUUCAAAGACAACACAAAAGCGGUCAAGAAUCAAGUUUAAAUUUUGUAAGUAAGAAUCUUGAUUAACUAAAAGUUUUAUUUAUGGAGGUCAGAACGAAUUUUUAGUAGAUUAUUAAGUGUUAAUAUUCCGGUAUUAAUACUGUAGUGAACGACAAUACAACUGGG